UUCUACCGUCCUCUGAACGUCCGCGUGGCCCUGACGGGUCUGGAGAUCUGGAGCGACCGCGAUAGGAUCCUGGUGGAGAAGAGUCCCACGGACACGCUCAACAACUUCCUGGACUGGAGGACCCGGGAGCUGCUGCCGCGCCUUCGCCAUGACAACGCCCAGCUCGUCAUGGGGGGCUCUUUCGACGGCACCACGGUGGGGAUGGCGUCUCAGGCCUCCAUGUGCUCCAGGGACCGGUCCGGGGGGGUCAACGUGGUGAGUGGACGCUUUAUUCUGAAGGUUAUGAACAGGAAACCUCCCAGCUAG